AUGAGCGGAUCCCCUCUGACCCUCGCGCUGUACCGCGAUGCCGUCUUCGCUCGCAACUAUGGCAUCUGGGACACCAGCAGCGCGAUGGAGGUCGAAAAUGAGGGAGAGGGCGUGGACGGCCACGCGGAGUGGGGCAGCAAGUGGGCGGCGCUGCAGCGCGAGCAGGACACGUAUGACAAGCAGUAUCGUUCCGUGUCGAGUCUCCUGGAGGAGCGGGUCAUGCGGGACCGCAGCUGCCUUUCAGACCCUGCGGUCAGGGCCCGUGAGAUCCAGAUGGAGUUGCUGGACAAGGAACUGGCAGCACUCAAGAGCCGCGCUCUCCCGCCGCUCACAGCGCUGCUGGACGACCUCGCGCCGGAGGAGCCCGGGCUCGCGCCGGAGGAGCGCGAGCACCUGGAGGAGUUCGCGCGGGAGCCGGAGGGGGCGUGGGAGAAGCAGGUGGGGGGGGCCUUCCGUGCCGGGAGCGAGGUGGUGGCGCGGAACGGGCCGGCGAACCUGGUUCUGACGGGGAACGACGUGGCGACGCUGCGGGGCCUCGGUUGGCUGAAUGACGAGGUCAUGAACUGCUACCUGGCGCUGCUUCAGGCGAGGGACACGCGAUGGCGAGAAGAGGAGCGUGGGACGCCCAAGUGCCAUUUUUUCAACACAUUCUUUUUCGCGAAGCUGUACUACAACAACAGGAAGUACGACUACGCUGGCGUGAAGCGGUGGACGAAGACCAAGGCCAUCCAGCGGCAGGGCCAGAAGAGCGAGUGCGUCCUGGACUGCGACCUCCUGCUCGUGCCCGUCCACCUGGGCAACCACUGGACUUGCGCGGCGGUGGACUUGCGGAACAAGGCGCUGCACUUCCUCGACUCGCUCGGGGGCGCAUGCGAUGAGGCUCUCGAGAGCAUGGCGUGCUGGGUCCGUGACGAAUACAAGGACAAGCGGGGCGAAGUGAUGGACGUGUCUGACUGGGAGCGCACCGCAUGGGGAUCCGACUGCCCGCAACAAGACAACUGCUCGGACUGCGGGGUGUUCUCGCUGAUGUUCGCAAACCUGCUGUCAAGGGGCCUGGCACCACCGCUGCAGUACGAGCUGGACGGCGAAGAGGUGCUGUGCGCGGACAGGAUGCCGUACUUUCGAAAACGCGUAGCGUACGACAUCCUGCAGCAGCGCGUAGACUAG